GCAACUAGACGCCGAUGUUCUCAGCAUGUUAAUUCAAGAGGCAGCGUUCAGUCAUUGGCUAUAAUAUGCUGAGUUUACACAAUACUAUUGGCUCACUCAGAUGUCAUUGUUGUUUCCUAGCUGAACGUGGCAACUCCUGGAACAAGCAUAAUCCACAACGUUGUCUCAGGGGUCUGAAGUCCGAAUUCACCGAUAUAGCCCACCGUGCUGAAAAGUUGUUCCCCAUUCUCACUCACCUGACCGUUGAAACAGGCAACAAAUAUGGCAUCAUGGAUUAUACAAAUUGCCUUGAUGGCAAUGAGUAUCUUAAUCAAAACUACAGAAGGGAAAAAAGACAAGGUGCUGUAUUGUUCAGCAUGCAGGGCUAUUGUUGAUGAGCUCAAUUAUUCAAUCAGUCAGAUUGAUCCGAAGAAGACCAUCAAUGUGGGAGCCUUCAGACUCAAGCCUGAUGGGAGCCUGACUGAUAAAAAGGUCCCUCUUGCUAGAUCUGAGACCAACUUGAGUGAGCUUCUGGAUGGAGUUUGUGGUAGCAUGAGUGACUAUGCUCUUCAUGUGGACCCAGACACCAAGAAAAAGCAAUACAAAAGAUUUGCUCCAAGAAGUUCUGAUGCCGGGGAUUUUCCUGAUUUUAACAAUUUCAAGUUUGAUGGCCCAGAGGGAUCCAAUGCCCUACAAUUUGCGUGUGAAAGCAUUGUGGAGGAAUUUGAAGAUGAUAUCAUCUCUCUUUUUGCCAAAGAGACAGACCAUGUGGUCGACAAGUUAUGCAAUGAAGUAUCAGAUCACUGUAAAGGCACAAAAUUCCAGAGUGACGAACUAUAGUUUUACAUGCGUCUCUGCUGCGGGUGAUUGGACCAGUUUAGAUAUAUAUAUUUCAAAUGAAGAAAUAAUGCUUCAAGGAUAUUGUAUCAAUCAAGUUGCAUUCUUUUAAAUAAAGUUUUCUAUUUUAAAUGGGGAUGCUCGUAUAAUGUUGUCAGAUACACAGAAUUGUAUCAUGAGAUAGAAAGUCAGGUUUGUUUCUUUAGGUAAUCCUAGUAGGCCUAAUUUCUUAAAAAUGCAGGAAGAAGUGGCACUCAAAAUAAUAACAUGGGUGUAAAUAGUGUAAAAAAUGAAAAAGCUAAGUUUGAAUGUGCUGUACUCAGCUGUUAGAGACUGAGGAGGCCGCCAUGUCAAAAAAAGAUGGCGUGGCAACCUACAGACAAUGUCAAAGUGAGCUGGAUCAGCAAUUUUUGUCUAUUUAGCUAAACAGUUCUAGAAUUGUUUGUAAUGUUAUAGAAUUCCGACUGUCUUGAUUAUCCAGACCUGUUCUUGGUCCAGAAGUCAACCGUUGGAGAUGGUGGAUUUCUGCAUGGCAGAUUGCAUUUGAUUUGCACGAGGAAUUCUUAGAUGAAGGAGGGAGUUGAUUCUUGAUUUUGAAAUGGGCAGUCACUUCACUUUCAUCUGCAACAAUUGAAUUCGUUGUGGUAUCAUUUUAAACCUUUGUGAGCUUUAAAAUCUGUGCGAGUAUGUCAAAUGUUAUAACAAUUUAUCCUAAAAAAUGUAUCCUCCCGCAAAAAAUACACCUGUUUUGCUUGAUCUUA